AUGAUCGGUUUCUUCAAGAAGUUCCCGGAAUACCACAAGAACGAUUUUUAUAUCACUGGUGAGAGUUAUGGAGGAAUCUACGUGCCAACAUUGGCGUAUAGAGUGGCUUUGAACCAAUCCAUGAAUCUAAAAGGAUUUGCAGUUGGCAACGGGGUUACUGAUAACAGGAUGGACUUUAAUUCAUAUGUUCAUCUCACCUACUACCAUGGUAUGGUAGGGCCUGCACUUUGGGACGAGGCUCUGCAAGAUUGCUGCCAUGGUGUUCCUAUCGACAAGUGUGAUUUUUACGAACAAAUUAGCAACCUAACCUGUUGCAAAGUCGUCAAUGCAAUUUACAAUACACUAUACAACUCAGGGAUAAACCCGUAUAACGUUUAUGCUGAGUGCGCGGGUGGCGUGACACAAAUGAACCAGCUAAUCAGAAAGUCGAAACCGGCAUGGUGGCCACUCUUCGGCCAGACGGACGGUUAUAAAGUCGACAAUGACAUAUUUUGCGAGAACGACACAGCACUAAUUACCUACAUGAACACGCUUGACGUGCGGGAAGCGCUUUAUAUCCCGUCAACUCUUCCAGAUUGGGAUGUUUGCAGUGACUUGAAAUACACGACCAUCUACAAAACAAUGGCGACCUUCUACAAGAAGCUGACUGUCUCCGGUGAGUUUCGCGUCAUGGUAUACAACGGAGACGCUGAUAUGAUGUGCAACUAUCUCGGAGACGAGUGGUUUGUGGACUCGCUGGGUCUCGGCAGAGUCGGUUAUCGGAAGCGUUGGUUGUACACUGCGGCGGACGGCACACAACAGGCCGGUGGCUUUAGACAGGACUACAAAUCUAACGUCCGUUAUCUCACUGUGCUGGGCGCAGGUCAUAUGGUAGCAACAGACCGACCAAGGAAGGCCCUGGAAAUGUUUGCAAGCUAUAUAAAAAAUAACUGA